AUGGGGCGAAUGUUGUCUCCUAAUGGAAUGAUGGAUCUAAAUAUCGGUCGCCAGCCCCCACGGCUCGACCCUUCGACGAUGGAGGAGAAGAAAACGCUGAGGGCAACGGUUUCUGAUCGGAGAAUCCUACUCGUCAACAGAAGAGCGAGGAGAGCGGGCUUCAAAGGAAAAGGCACCAGUUUGUCUCUCCUCAGGCCGUGGCAAGAGGUGGUGGGCAAAACUCAGAUCAUGCCAAGAGCGCUGUCAGUCGUCGAGAUGGGUGCAGGUUCUGCUUCGCGCAGUGAUCUUUUUACUGGGACAUUCCUGUGUGAAACGAAGAACGAUGAACACAAGGCGAGUCUCUUAUUCACAUCAUAGGAAACCAAGGUAAAGGAAUUUAUAUAUGAUAAUGAAUAAUUAUAUUAAAGUUGAAGAAUUGAAUGAUUUCGUUGCAGAUAUUACUAGGGUGUUAGGUAAAAGCUGAAAUACAGAAAUUGAACAGAUUUGAAGAAAAUCAAACAGAAAAAUUGCAGUACAGUCAGAUUUGAACAGAUUUGAAGAAAAAUCAAAUAGAAAACUUGAAAUCCCUAUAUAUGGUAACAUUCAUCGUAGUAAUUACAUUUUAAUUCAAAAUGACAUGUUUGUAAAAGCUAUAGCACAAAAUGUUGUUCAUAUUAUCAGCUAGGUGAUAAUAGAACGAAACAAGGCUUAAAAAUAAUUAUUCUUGUAUGUUGAAUUUUGGAAACAAUAAACCCAUAUUGAAACUUGGGUUAGAAUAUAGAUAUUGUUCAUUUUUAUAAAUUAUUAGAUUUCAAUCUAUACUUAAUGUCUAGUGAUUUGAGUGUCACGCUAAAAUUUUGGCAUAAGCAGUUUACAUAUAGCACUCAAACCAUCGUAGCAUGAGCGCUUGGUGAAAGGAAUGUUUGAUCUGAAAAUCAAUGAGUUUUAAUUAAAAAACUGGAUUAUAGGAGAAUAUGUUAGAAAAGUCACAAAUACAAAUAUCUGAUAACAAUUAUCCGACCACUAGAACAAUUCUAUAUAUUUAUUUUGACCAACUAAAGUAACAGACCUUUGUGGAAAGAGAUGGAUACAUAAUUAUAUAUAUCAUUCAAGAUAUACAUCCAUAUUUUUUCAAUCAGUUAAAUGAUACAUUUGAGAUGUUUAACAAGUUUUGUGAGAAAGUUGAUUAUAGGAAAGAAUUGAGAACUUAUAAAUCUGAAGCAAUCACAUUGUACAAUUUGAAAACAUAAAAUUUAAGCUUGUUAAUGCACAAAGAACAUUUUAUUAAUUCCCUAGUAAAAAAACGCAACAAGAAAAUGUCAUUUUAGAAAAAAAGAAUACAAACUUUCUUGAUGUAUCAAGUACUUUGUAGCUGAAAAUUAUUUUCCUACGUAUUAUUUUGGGUGAAGCCAACAAAUACACCCUUGAACACUAUGAUCAUACUAUAAAUACACCUUUAUAUGCUCAAAAAAAAAUUAUGAAUUAUGGAAAUAAAAGAAUCCAAUUUUGGGCAUGUGUUUUCCUCUAAUAAGUAUUGAGGAAAUGGGAAACUUUUACCCAAGAACUGAUAAAAGAAUUUUUCUUGGCUAUUAUAAAAAGAAUAUUUCGAAUGUAUUGUAAGAAAAAAAUGGUUUUGGAAUAGACUAUAAAUAUGAUAUUUAUAGAAGAACACUAUAGUAAACUUUAUCUUCAUAAAAAGUUGAGGAUUACUAUAAAUUAAAUUUCUAGAUAUUUCAGUUAACAAUGAUUUAGAAGUUAAUUAUAGAGAACAUCAAAAAACAAAACCUUUAUGAGAGAAUGGAAGUAUGUUAAGUGUCAUCAAGAAGAUUAAAUUUUGGAAGAUGUGCAAAACGCAAUUAAAAAAAUCAAAAUCGACAAAUAAAAAAUAUGAAAUUUAAUUUAUGAAGUUCAAGAAAAUAAUGUAGAAAAUAUUUUAAGGAUGGAAAUUACAUUUUGACAAUGUCAAUGGUGUGGAAUCAGUUUGAACAAAGUAAAAUGCAAACAUUAGUUCCUCAAAAAUCUGAAAUGCUUUAGUAGGAAUUAAAUGGAUCUUCAAGGUUAAAUUAAAUGAAUAGGAUAAAGUAGUUUGGACUAAAGUUAAAAUGGUUAGGAAACGUUUUAGACAAACCAAGAAAAUUGACUUGGAUAUAUCAGAUGUUCAAUAUUGAGAUUUUAUGUUAGUAGAAUUUUGUGACCCUACAUUUGUGUUAUAAAUAUUAUAUUCUACGAAAUGGAUGUGAAAAACAUUUUUAUAAAUAUAAAAAUUAGAAAAACAAUUAUAUGAACCGACCUCCUAGUUUUCAAAAUUCAAAACACCCAAAGAAAACCAUAUUAGUACAUUAACUAUUAUAUUUACAAAAGAAAAGGAUGACUAUACGUGCAUUAAUGAGAUAAUAUUUAGUUUCCCAAAUGAAAAUUUGAUCCAUGGUUUUUAAAAUAUCAUAAGAGAAGAAUUUUAAGUGAGCCUCAUCUGGUAACUAUUAUUUUCUUACCUGAAAAAUCAAAUAAAAAAAGGUUCUAUUUUAAUCUCUAAAUUAGAUCAUAGUAAGGAACUCUUAGGAAACUAUGAUCUAUGUAGUAGGAAAGAAAAAAACCAAGACAUUACAAGGUCAUUAACUGAUCUCAGUGAAAUGGGACACUAAUAAAUCAUAAAAUUAAUAGAGGAAUGAUUGGACAUCUAUUGUCUUUAAUUAGAAAUAGACCUGACAUAAAGUUUGAUAUCUAUUUUAUCUACAAGAUUUUAAGGUGAUUCAAAGGAAUCACACUUAACAAAAAAUAAAAUAAUUUUUACAUAUAUAUAUCUCAUAGAAUUAUUUUAUUUCAUUGAUAAAAAAGUACAGAAAAAUCAUGAUCGGUGCUAGGAGGAUACUUGAUUUCUUAGGCAUUUAAUAGCCAGGCCACUAUUUCUUUAUCAAUAAUUCUAGCACAGUAUACAUUUAAUCAGUAGAAUUUAAAUUAAAAAAAAUUGAAUAUGAAAUGCAUAUGAUGAUAUCCAUUAAAAGAAUAAAAUAUAUUCAUAGAUGUUAAAUCAGUAACAUUUAACUGUGUGAUAAUGCUAGUGUUACUAACAUAGCCAAAAAUCUGAUGAUACACUAUACAAUAAAGGAUGACAUUUUGAAAAUCAUUUUAUUCUAGAGGACAUAAUAUUAAUCAUAAGGCUUGUAGCAAAAAAGAGAGAUUUAGUUCAGCCUAAUAUCAAUUUAUAAAAUAAAGAACAAUGACUAUAGAAAUAGAUGAGAAAACAAAUAUAUAAAGUCAAAUAGAUAGGAUAGCCGAGCCAUUACAAUUUAUAACAGCAUAUUAGUCCAAGAAGCAUUACCCUAUGAUAAUAUCGAUUCAUAGGGACAGGAAAAUGAAAAGCUAUUUUAAUUCUUAAUUAAUUUUACUUUUCCCAUUUAUGUUUUAACUAAUUCAAAAUCCAAAUCAUUUCAUCAAAUGAUAUCAUUAGAUAACAUGAAGAUAUUACCCAAUUGCACCUCUAGUUUCCUCAUAAGGUGAUAGUUGAAACAUGUACGAGUAUUUUAUAGUUGAAAUUAACUUCAAUGUUUAAUCAUAUUUAAAUUUUGGAAUUUUUUUUAAAAUUUGUGAUGCAAUUUUUAAUUGAUUAUCAAAUGUCUUAAAUUAUUAUCUAGUGUAAACGAGAUGCAUGAAAAUAAUGAAAAAGUUGGAAAAUGAAAACGCAUUUAAGAAAAGAGAAUUAGAUUCGAAACAUAUGCCAAGGAUAAUGAUCUCAAGAUGGAAAUAAUAUCUCUGACCGUAACAUUUUGUUUCAUUCUUUUUGUAUGGUAAAAUUUUCAAUUGAACGAAUCUUCUUGAUCAACUCUUUGCCAAUUUUAUUCAAGAAAAGAGUCUUGCUAACAGCAUGAAUGAUCACACAAAAUCUAAUAUCAGAUUUCGUAGGUUUAAAUAACACUUACAGAAAAGAGAUCUACACGAAUUCUAAGUCCUACUCAAUCCUCAACAACGCCUAUGAUUCUCCAAAGUUGAAAACUGUAAUGAUUAAAUCUGAACCGCAGGAUCUCUGCUCUUCACACUCAAAUUUACUGAGAAAUACGAUGCAAAUCUUGCGAAACUUACUAUUUUGCAGCUUUAGAUGAGACAAGCUUAUCUUCAAGCUACCAGCUCUAUGUAAUUCUUUAGAACCGUGUGAUGUCUUCACUGAUCUUUAAUCAUUUCUGAUUUUAUUUGAAUCUGAGGAAGUAUCCACUACUGAUUUCCUGAAUUCUUACCUUUCAUAAUCUAAAAUCCUUUUAAAAUUAUGAUAUACAAUAACUAGCUCUUUGGACUCUAAUAGAUAUUUCUGCCAAUCUUAUAGAGACAAACAAUCUCUAGAAAGUAGCUAUCACAUAAAUUACAACAUAUGAGGAAGAUAAUACUCAUGAGACAGUACCCAACAAUACUUCUUACAUAGAUAAUAUUGAAGUAGAUAUUACAGGUUUCACCAACUUUUGAAAAACUUUCUGAUAUUUCUCUUGUAUUGAUUUAUGUUCCUGAUUGAAGCUGGAUGACUCGAUUUCAUUGUCAAAAAUAUAUAAUUUACCAUAAAUUUGUCACAAAAUUAUGUCAACAUACAUACAUGUCAAAUGGAACCUUUCUUUAAAAAGUUAGAAGAAAAUUAUUCCUACUUAGAUAUCAUAUAUUGUUGAAACUUUACAAAUAGCAAAUGAAUGAACUAUCUUUGAUUAACAAAGAACAGAGGAAGUUUGGCUUCAGUGCUAAAUACUGAAACCAACCAAAUCUGACAACAUUUAGAUAAAGGAAAUCCAAGAAAAUUUAUGAUUGAAACAAAGGUAUCAAGAAAAGAAGUAUAGUUGACUCAAAAUCAAAGAUGUGAUAGGAUCAAUUCAGACCUUGAUUGAUCCAAGUGCUUGCCUAAAUACAACGUUAAGUGGCUAUUCCUUACAAAAUGUAUAUUUUCCUAUUCCUAAAAUAAUAACCCUAGAAAAAUAUUCAAUAUAUCAAACUGGAGUAUAUUAAUUGAAGGAGUUUUGACUUGAGAAAACAAAAAGUUUCAUUCCAGAAACGUACCUUUUUAUGCCUCUUUCACAAUUAAGCAUGGAAAUUACAAAUGUUUAGUGCUUUCUAAUAUUAAAAUAUUUUCCUGGGUUUUAGUGAAUUAAAUAUUUAAAUCUAAAACAAGUGUAGGUCGACUAAACAUAAUUAUGAACGUUUAUUUUUGUGCACUUUACAUCAAAUUAGCAUAACUUCACAACAUUAAGUGCUUUCACUGCGUAUUAUCUCUUAAAUUUGCUUCAAAAUAAAACAAAAUGUCGCUUAUGAGAAUAUCUCAGAAAGAGUGGCCUUGAGAAAUUUUUCAGAUUAAUAAUGAUCAUUCGAUAUAUAUCUCGGGUUUAAAAGAUUGUUUGACAUGCAACAUAGUUAACGUAAACCAAAAAUAAAAUUACAUGUGUUUUACAAGGAUUCAUAUUUUAUCUCGAUUGUUUUAUGGAUACGUCUAACAACUUCCAACACCCUUUUCACGUCGGCUGGUGGAGUCAUAUUCCAGCAUCAUCAUUUCGAGCACUCGGAAAAUUUCACUGUUGAUCUGUACACUCAUCAUCUUCAGAACCAUACGGCUUUACUACUAUGGAGGAGGUUUUCCGUUUCGGGGAUUUACCGUUGCCUCUUUUAGCCAUGAACAUCAACGGUAGGAAAGAACAGAAUCUCGAACAUUACGUCAUGAUUAUAUCUCUAAGCAGAGUACAUGUCGUAGGGUUUACAAGGGUGCACCACGUGCAAACCUUUUAUUAAGAUACAGAUAUAGACGGAUCCAGUAGAUUUGUGCGGCCUCUUUCCCUGGAACAGCAUCUUCUUCCUCAUGGCGACUCGUCAGUGACAGCCGCUUUCUUGUAGCCGCCUCCUCCGCCGAACCCUCCUCCACCACCGAAGCCACCGCCAGCUCCUCCUCCGUAUCCGCCGCCGAUCCCCGCUCCUCCGCCGUAUCCACCCCCUGCACCUCCUCCGAAGCCGCCACCUCCGCCUCCUCCGAAGCCGCCACCGGCACCUCCUCCGUAUCCGCCGCCUACACCACCUCCGUAGCCACCGCCUACGCCGCCGCCGUACCCGCCACCUACGCCGCCGCCGUACCCACCGCCGCCUCCAAAACCACCACCGGCGCCGCCUCCGUAGCCCCCACCUACACCGCCUCCAUACCCACCACCGGCGCCGCCUCCGUAGCCUCCGCCGAGACCGGGGAGCCCUCCAUAGCCGCCACCAAUGCCAGGCCCGACGCCGUAACCCCUACCAUACCUUGGAUGGCCGCCAUGUUUGUACCACCAUUUCUGGUCCUUCAAGGGCUCGUCUUCGAGGAGCCGCCUUGCUCCGGAGGUGCAGAAAAGGGCCACAAGAAGGAGAAGGAAGAGGGAUUUGCCGCCCAUCUCUACUGCUGUACUAUGAGAGAUCAGGGCUCGUUGUGGACGACGAAGGGGAGUACCCGGGGUUUUAUAUAG